AAUGGUUUAUGAAAGAAAAUUGAUUCAGAAGUAGCGGUUGCCAGCUGUGCAACCACUUUGCUUUCUUCCCCUUCUUCUUUCUCCCACUUCUUCCACUCACUCCUCUAUUUCCUCAAUCUUCUUUCUUAGGGUUUUCAAUUUCACACUUCCACUUUCUACUCUUCCCUCUCCUAACACAACACGCUUCUACAAUCACUCAAUCCAACAACACAAUCAUCAUCAUAAUCACAGUUUCUGGGCUUUCUUUCGGAUUUUCUUGGUGAAUCACUUCUGUUGCAAGUGGAGUUUAAUAUUAGUGUCUGUUUUGAUAUGUUGGUUAAAGGUGGAAUUCGUCAAAUACUGAGAUUUUUGUGUGUUCAAACCACUGGACUUCGGAAUGCAACUGUGACUUGUUUUGAAAGUAUAUACUGGAGUAUGUAAAUUCCAAUUUAGUUAAAUAGGUCGUAUUUGAAGCAUUUAGGGGUUGGGUUUUAUUGUGGUAUUCUGAAAAAAUAGCUAAAACGGGGUCGCUUUGUUGUGUGGCUUCACGGCCACAUGGAUCAAGUGCUGACAGCAGGGACUGGUCAUUGGGUUCGCAUGAGCCUUACUGGAGAACUAACACGAGCUAUUCACCACCUCCGUCGAGGUGGGAUUUCAGAUUCCAGUCUGAAGGACUGCCUUAUAAUUUGAAUGAUCAACUCUAUGACGGAUCUUCUACAUCAUCAGAUGGGAAAGAAAGUAUGACUUUGGUCAGAGGCAACCACCUAUAUGAUCUUCACUAUUCCGUUUCAGAUGGAACUGGAAUUUUCGUUAGCAAUUGUUCGUCUGAUAUUUCUCAGGGUCCUCAGUGGGUGCCUCCUGCAGUACAAGAAAUAAGUUUCGAUGAUUAUGAGGCUGCGAUCAGAAAAGAUCCUUGUCCUUCUUUAGGCCGGAUAUCUUUUACACCUGCUAAGGAGGGAACUUCUGAAAAUCCCAAUAAUAGAGGCUCCACUUCAACCCAUUCAGAAAGUAGCGAGUCUGAGUCUACUACAAGUUCACGAUUGUCCUCUCGGAGGAAUUUCUCUAAUCACCGCUCUUUCAUCUCUAAACCCAUUCAUCCUUUGUCAUUUCCAGACCUAACAACUACUAGGGAUGCCUUUGAUUCUCCUGCUCCAGAUUAUACAAGGUUUGAUACUUCUAAUUCACUCAGAGGUAGCCGGCGCUCAAGUAAUGCCAGCAGUAGUCAGGAUUCUGCAGAUAUUACUGAGUCAUUUGAAUUAGAAACACCUGCUUAUCCACAUACUCAUUCAGUUGGAUUUAGAUGCGGCUUGUGUGAAAGAUUUCUAUCACAAAGAUCACCUUGGAGUUUGCGCCGUAUUGUGAGAAGCGGAGACAUGCCUGCAGCUGGGGUUCUUCCUUGUUGUCAUGUUUUUCAUGCCGAAUGUUUGGAGCAGACAACACCAAAGACAAGGAAAAUCGAACCACCUUGCCCUGUGUGUGUCAAAUUAGAGGAGCAAUAUUCUCCUGAUCAACGAGGUGUUUUAAGAUUGAGGAAUAGUUUUCCUAAGUUCAAAUCAGUUUCUGAGGAUGGACCCUCAAGAACACGGGACGGCCCACAGGAAGGCGAUUGUGUCGGAGGAGCUCUACCGCCACACAAUGCCAUGUUCCUACUAAAUCGAAAUCGCAUCAUAAAAAACAUUUCAUUGAAGGGUAAUUUAAACAAAGAAUUUCCAGGCAAGGUGAAAAAAACCGGGGUCUAUUCUUCACAGCUGUUUACAGGCAGCUCAGCUGAUAUGGAAGUUGGUGUUUACUCGAAGGCGAAAGCCGGUUCAAGUAUUGAAAGUUAACAAAGUAAUUCUGAACAUCCAGAAGCUGACUUUCCCACGGUAGUUUAUCUAAAAUUUACGAUAUUGAUUCCUAACCCGGUAUGGUUUUGUAUAUUGAUUUGUUACACUUUUAUUAGAAGCCACACUUGGAAGUUGAUAUUAUUUUCCUAUUUUAUUAAUUUGAGUUUUGAUAUUUACUUUUCUU